AUGGCAGAAGACAAAGGGAGUAGUCUCCAGCGCGAGAAAAGUACUUGUUCCUUAGGUCCGAUUCCGAUGUCUAGCUCUAAUAUCGUCACAGGUGCAAAGUCAACCAAGUCUCACUCUGAUAAAGACGCUGAACCUGCAAUUGACGAUAUGAAUGCGCCUCGUCUUCGCCCCGAGGUUCCAGAUGAAGGAUCUUGUAAUAAAAAGACCAAGUGUGAGGACGAAUCCAGUCUCCAAGAUAGCUCUAACAAAACUGUCGAGCCUCGUCACGAUUCGGAGGCAGGUCUUGAAAAUAAACCUCAACACGAUGCCGUGGUUCAUUUUGACAGGGGAUGGGCGUGGGUGGUCUGUGCUACAACGUUCUUGAUGGAGUUUUUCGUGGGAGGGCUUAUUACAAGCUCUGGAGUGAUAUAUGCUGCUUUAGUCGACGAGUUUAAGAAGUCAAGAGCCGAAACAGGUGAAAGUACAUUUCAAUAUUCUGGCCUCGGUUGCUGAAACGCUGGAUAGUGUGAUCCACAGGCGCGGAUACUAUAAUUACUAUUCAGCGGAUAAGUACUAGGGGAGCCAAUUGCGCUAUCCAGUGGAUAGCGUCAUCCACAUUUUGAACAACUGGGACCAGAUGUUGACUUAAAAUGAAUUACUUAAGAAACCCGCCCCAAGCCAGCCUGUGGAAACGUCAUUCCCUGUAGCAAACAGUUCUAUUUCGAACUGCACUCAGUCAACAAUAACAACAACAACAACAAGCUAUCUGUUUAACUCGCAUAACUAUAUAAACAAAUGACCAUUUAUUAUAUACAUACUGAGUUAAAUUCACUGAAAAGCUCUGUCGUAAACUUUCAUAAGCAAAUUAGUUCUAGCCUAUAAUAAAAACAAAACCUGCUUAUAACCCAUGAGAAAAAAUAAUACGUCCAAUGAAAAGUCAUAUAGAGGUUCGUUGGUUUUGCGCCAAAUUUCCUGCCUUUUAUAGGGGCUUAAAAGUCCCUCGCUUCACAAGUUGUUUCGCCGUCAUUCAGCAAGGAAACUUUUGAAGUCCAUAAACCCGCCCACUUUAAGAAGUAUUCUAUAUACUCAACCUACCUUUUUAUAAUUUGCUUUUCAGCUUGGGUUAGUUCUCUUGCAGUAUCCACGUACUACUUAUUUUUUCCACUCGGCACCAUUCUCAGCGAACGCUUCGGAUGCUGGGUAGUGGCCCUCCUUGGUACCCUGGCCUGUUCCAUAGGCUUACUAAGCUCAUCUUUCGUCACCAGUCUCCCGAUGUUGUACUUGACCUACAGUGUGGUGUGGGGAAUGGGUGCGUCCUUCGUAUACUUUGCUGAUUUGUUGAUUCUGACGAAGUACUUUAAAGCGAGGCUAGCGUUUGCCAAUGGGAUAAUGGCCCUCGGUGGUGCAGUAGGUGGAAGUAUUUUGAACCCCACUAUGCAGCAAAUGUUUAUUCAUCUUGGACUUGCAAACAUGUUCCGUGUUCUCUCCGGGGUUUUUCUGAUCUUAUCCGUGUUUUCUCUGGUUUAUCGGCCAAAACGCGGCGUCUUUCCGCGUAACGGUGACGCUAUGGACACUGAAUGUGAGAAAAAGUGCACGUUUGACGGGGAAAUCUUGAAAAAUAAAGCGUUUAUCAUGUGGAUUGCUGUCAUUUUUAUCUUCAUGCUCGGAUACAUGGUCCCCUUUGUUCAUUUGGUGAGUAUUCUUGUAACAACGUCUUUAUAAGGGGCCACUACCCACCAUAUAUAAGUAAACUGAAUUGACCCUCUACUGCGAUAGGGAUACUAAGGGACACAUUAUUCACAAUUGAAAGUAGUAGGAUUUUCCAUUUCUCAUCCAGAACUUUUAUAGGGAUUCUUAAUGCCUUAUCUUCUUUACUUACUUCUCUAUUGAACAAGCUCAAGGCCUCUGAGGGGUACACUGAAUGCCAGACGUCAUCUCGCUCAUAGUGCUGAAAUGCUGCUUUUUUUCAACAGUCGUCGCCCCAAAGAGAAAAAAUCCUCUGGCGCCUAGGGCACCAGUGGGGCUCAUCUACAAUCAACUAUAAUUUUUUGAUUUUUGAGCGAUCUUUCAAAAAAACUGGCGUCAGUUUGUUUAAAGGACGGAAAUUGUCAACUUUUAGGGUUCGUCGAUACAAACAAGACUUUAAUGGUUACUGAAAAGCAUAAAGUGCUUACACACUCACAACCAUUAUUAAUAACCAAAACAAUCCUAGCCUGCGAUCAAGCUCUCUCGGGGCUUCCGGAGGUACGAGGAUGUGAGGGGGAAGGGGGAAAGGAGAGCUUGCACUCGCGUCCCAUACAUUUGAAGACUUAUCUACCUCCCAGAAUGGGAUGCAAAAUGCUGAUUGGCUGAGUUGUAAACAGGCGAUGACAUAAUUCUGUCUCGAAAGAGCUUGUUCUCCUUCCCUUUUCGUCCUGCCGCAAGAGUGCCCUAGAGAGCUAGCUCGUUAGCGAAAACAAUCCUAAAGAUCUUUUUUUUCUUUGGUUUUCAGGUUCGCUUGGCUGAGGACAUUGGAAUUGACAAGACACGUGCGUCCCUUCUGCUUACGUUCGUCACAGUCGGUUCGGCACUGGGUCGUAUAACCUUCGGUCGAAUCUCAGACUUCCGUGGCUUUAAUCGUGUGUACGUUGCCCAGUUGGCUUUUCUGGUUGCAGGAUUGAGCAACUUUGUUGUGCCUUUGACGGAAUCGUAUAAUGUGUUAGCAGUAGGAGCCUUUAUAUUUGGUCUGUUUGGAGCUUGUUACCUGGUUCUAAACCCAGUCAUCGUGUGUGACAUUCUUGGCCCCCAAAAAGUGUCCUAUGGUUUGGGCAUUACUUUUUUUGUAAUCGCUAUCCCUCGGACUUUGGGGCCACUCAUCGCCGGAUGGAUUUAUGACGGGUUUCAAAGCUAUGCACUCGCUUUCUACACUUUGGGUGGUACUACCUGUCUAUCCGCCAUUUUGACAGGUAUUGUUCCAAUUUUGCUUCGCCAAAUGGGUAAAUAUGAAAUGGACUGUGAAUCCGCGCAGAAAACUCAAGUC